AUGCUAAGGUGCUCCUUGCAGGGGAACAUCGCUGGGGGCUCCGUGCAGGGGACCGUCGCUGGAGGUCUGAAAUGGCCAUCUUGGGAAGGAGUGAGUGGAUUCUGUGAGAUCCAGUCAUCGUUCUUCCUGCGCUGUAAGGACCUAAGUCUCCGGGUGCUCCAUGUGAUGGCCUACAGUCUGGGCCUGGAGAAUGAGGUCUUCCUGAGUGCAGACAGACACAUAGGGAGUGAUGAGAACGGCAGUAACCUGAGGUCUCUGUAUUACCCCGCGGUGAGGAGUGACAGGGUGAAGGAGGGCCAGCUGCGCUGUGGAGAACACUCUGACUACGGCAGCAUCACUCUGGUCUUCCAGAGCCAAGAGGGUGGCCUGCAGGUGGGUACCAGGUCAGGGUAGUUCAUCUCUGCGCCCAGCAUCCCUGGGACAGUACUGAUCAACAUAGCUGACCUGAUGCAGAGGUGGACCUGUGAUGUUUUCCUCUCAGAGGUCGAUAGGGUUUUGCUGCCCCCUGCUCGAGACUGGAGCACACGGCAGUCCCUGGCUUUCUUUGUGCAGCUGGAGGACCUCAUCACCUGUUGUGACAGGUCCAACAAAUAUCCCCUGGUGAAGGCAGGGGCCUAUCUCAUCCAACGCUUCAAUGACUCUUAUGGGAGGCAGAGAGUA